AUGCACCCAAAACUGGGAUUUGAAGCCGCAAUCAAGGCCAUUGCUGAGUGGGUUCAGCCGAAAUCGGCCAUUAGCCACCUCAUCUUCUGCUCCAUGUCAGGCGUGGGCAUGCCUGGCGCGGACGUAAUACUUGUCAAGCUCCUUGAGCUCUCGGCUUCCAUUAACAGGCUCAUGCUCUACAAUCUCAGCUGCUAUGGAUCCGGAACCGUACUCCGCAUCGCCAAGGACAUAGCUGACACCAACCCCGGGGCACGGAUACUUGCUGUUCGGGCUGAGUCAACUUGCCUUAGCGGUCGGAGGCAGUAUAGGGAGCAUGGCACCACCGCAUGUCUAGAGCAGGUGGUGCCCACAUUGGUUUGCUCCAGACUGGAGGCAUGCUUGGUCAAGGCUUUUGGCUGGGCCACCGAGUGCGGCGUCGCUAGUGAUCGGAACUCCAUCUUUUGGGUCGUGCACCCGGGAGGCUGGAAGGUUCUUGACGAAGUGGAAGAGACGCUUUUUGCUGACGAAUGA